AACUUUCAUGCCUAAAGUGGAAUUUCCUUACUUAUCGGCAAUCACUGAAUUAGUAGAGAGAGAGAGAGAGAGAGAGAGAGGACGCGGUGAUUGAUGGAGAUGGGAGGAGGAGGAGGAGUUGGCGGUGUAGUGGCGGUGGUGAUGAAGAUGGCGGUGGUGGCGGCGGCGGCGGCGUUGUUGUGCGCAGAGUGCCGUGAACCGGUGCUUCACAAGGUGGGAGGGCAGCAAGGGUGGAAAACCGGCGUCAACUACACCAAUUGGUCCAAAAGCGAGACCUUUUACGUCGGCGAUUGGCUCUAUUUCAUCUUUGACAAGAACCAGUACAAUGUGCUGGAAGUGAACGAGACGAGCUACGAGCAGUGCAUUGACCAAAACUUCAUCACCAACGUCACCAAAGGAGGGAAAGACGUCUUCAACCUAACCGAGGCCAGGCCCUAUUACUUCCUCAGCGGUCGAGGUUUCUGCUUCAGCGGUGUGAAACUCGCGGUCCCCGUCCGAGUGCCCCCGCCGCCCUCUCCGCCGCCGGCUCCGGCCAAGAGUGGCUCUCCCUCGUCACACACACCCGGCAGCCUUGGUGGCGGCCUCGCCUAUUAUUUGAUCGCCGGUACUGCUCUGGGAUUGCUUCUCCGUUAGCUCGCCGGCCUGUGGUUACGAUAAACCUUAAUUGCUUGCCAGUUGCCGUGCACGAUUAAUUGACGAACAAUCUGAAAUUGUUCAUUUGGCAUACAUGCGUAGUUGUGAAUAGCAAUGACUGCCCUUGAAAAGGGUUUUGGAGCAUAAAUUUGAAUUUAAAUAAAUUUAAAUAUUAUUUUA